CCUCCUCCUCUUCAUCCUCCUCCUCCUUCUCCUUCUCCUCCUCCUGCUGAAGCGGACCGGACCGGGUUCUGGGGCCCUGGAUGUCUCGGCGGUGCUGGGAGCUGCAGCGGGCCGUGAAGGGAGCUCGGAGCGGCGGGGAGCUGCAGUGUGAUGCGGCGGUGAGACGGAGAUCCUCCGGCCAGGAUGGGCAACAAGCAGACAACCUUCACCGACGAGCAGCUGGAGGCGUUUCAGGACUGCACCUUCUUCACCCGGAAGGAGAUCCUGAGGCUCCACAGUCGGUACCGUGAACUGGCUCCUCAUCUGGUUCCUCUGGACUACACCAACAACCCGGACAUCAGAGUUCCUCUGGCGCUGAUCGUCACCAUGCCAGAGCUGAAGGAGAACCCAUUCAGGGACCGGAUUGUGGAGACAUUCUCAGAGGACGGACAGGGGAACCUCAGCUUCAACGACUUUGUCGACAUGUUUUCUGCUCUUUGUGAAACUUCACCCAGAGAGCUGAAGACCAUCUACGCCUUCAAGAUCUACGACUUUAACAGGGAUAACUUCAUCUGUAAGGAUGACCUGCAGCAGACCCUGACCCUGCUGACCAAAGGAGAGCUGACGGAGGACGAGGUUCUGCUGGUGUGUGAUAAAGCUCUGGAGGAGGCCGACCUGGACGGAGACUCCAAACUGUCCUUCUCUGACUUCCAGAACAUGAUCUCCAAAGCUCCCGACUUCCUCAGGUCGUCUACAUCCUGUUACCAUGGUAACAGUUUGGCCCAUAACUGAACCUGGAGGUGAAGAGACGUUGAAAUGCCCUUUACUGGAAAAAACACUUUUUACAAGUUCUGGAGUCGUUUUAUCCACAUUUAGAAUCAUUCUGGAGACCAUGAGGCAUUUAAACCCUCUGUCUGUCUGUCUGUCUACCUGUCUGUCUGUCUGUAACCUGUCUGUAUGUAACCUGUCUGUCUAUCUGUCGGUCUGUCUGUCUGUAACCUGUCUGUCUGUCUGUAACCUGUCUGUCCUCCUGUCUGUCUGUCUGUCUGUCUGUCUGUCUGUAUGUAACCUGUCUGUCUAUCUGUCGGUCUGUCUGUCUGUAACCUACGGUGGCCGAGAGGUGCAAACCAAAUUUACAAAAAUUUACAAAAUGCAAACCGACAGAGUGCAUUAGCCGCUCCUCGUUGUCACUUCCGGUUAUACCCCGGAGUUGGGACAUUCCCUUUCCGGUUAAAUUUGGAUUUGUAAAAGUGUUUUAUCGCUUGUAAAUUUGUCUUGGAGGUUGUAAAAGUGUUUUGCAUUAUGUAAAUUUGGUUUGCACCUCUUGGCCACCGUACUAACCUGUCUGUCCUCCUGUCUGUCUGUCUGUAACCUGUCUGUCCUCCUGUCUGUCUCUCUGUCUGUCUGUCUGUCUGUCUCUCUGUCUGUAACCUGUCUGUAUGUAACCUGUCUGUCUCUCUGUCUGUCUACCUGCCUGUCUGUAACCUGUCUGUCUGUAACCUGUCUGUCUGUCUGACUGUAUCCUGUCUGUCUGUCUGUCUGUAUCCUGUCUGUCUGUCUGUCUGUCUGUCUGUCUGUCUGUCUGCCUGUCUGUCUGUAACCUGUCUGUCUGUCUGUCUGUCUGUCUGUAUCCUGUCUGUCUGUCUGUCUGUAUGUAACCUGUCUGUCUGUCUGUCUGUCUGUCUGUCUGUCUGUCUGUCUGUCUGUAACCUGUCUGUCUGUCUGUAACCUGUCUGUCUGUCUGUAACCUGUCUGUCUGUCCAUCUACCUGUCCAUCUACCUGUCCAUCUGUCUGUCUGUCUGUCUGUCUGUCUGUCUGUCUGUCUGUCUGUAACCUGUCUGUCUGUCUGUCUGUCUGUCUGUAUGUAUGUAUGUAACCUGUCUGUCUGUCUGUCUGUAUGUAACCUGUCUGUUUGUCUACCUGUCUGUGUGUAACCUGUCUGUCUGUCCAUCUACCUGUCUGUCUACCUGUCUGUCUGUCUGUCUGUAACCUGUCUGUCUGUCUACCUGUCUGUCUGUAACCCAUCUGUCUGUCCAUCUACCUGUCUGCCUGUCUGUCUGUCUGUCUGUCUGUAACCUGUCUGUCUGCCUGUCUGUAACCUGUCUGUCUGUCUGUAUGUAACCUGUCUGUCUGUAUGUAACCUGUCUGUAACCUGUCUGUCUGUCUACCUGUCUGUCUGUAACCUGUCUGUCUGUCCAUCUACCUGUCUGUCUACCUGUCUGUCUGUAACCUGUCUGUCUGUCUGCCUGUCUGUCUGUAUGUAACCUGUCUGUCUGUCUGUAUGUAACCUGUCUGUCUGUAUGUCUGUCUGUCUGUCUACCUGUCUGUCUGUAACCUGUCUGUCCGUCUGCCUGUCUGUCUGU